CACAGACCCCACAUAGCCUCGGGCUAGAUAUUUCGCGCAGGUCCUGGUGCGAGUUAUCGAUCAUCGUAGCGCAAAAGAUGGAUAUCGUGAGCAGAGAGGGCCCAUUUGCCGGGGCCCUUUGGAAGGUUUGCCCUCAACCAGGAAAUUUCAUUUCUUCUUGACGCGCAUGUCGUGUUGCAUCAAUAGGCAUGUUCCGAGGAACACCGGUAAAGGCAGUGUCUCGCAGCUUGGCAUUCCAAAGAAUAUCGGCCGUAAUCACAGUCGAACAGAACGCUCCAUGCAUCGUGCCAGAGAAUGUACGACCAUCUGGACUGUGGUUAUGCCUUUCUCUCCUUUGCGAACGAUUUCUACACUGUAAACGCGCAAGUAGCGAACAUGGAGGCUCGAGACUCCAAGAGGUAGCAUUCUUGAAGCAAGAUAAAAAUGAAGAGAGUAAUGGCUGUUCCAGCACAUCCAGUUUACUCCAACGCAGUGGUGACAGCUAGCAGGGGCAUCACAUCAUCUUCACAGGCGUCUCGGCAACACCUUCACUUGGAGUUCAGCCCGCCGACACACCUCACUCUGCCACGGCCAUCCCUGAGCAUGGACUACUACGGGAGAGGCUACAGCAGCUCUGGUAGCGUGUAUUCCGCAAUGCCCGGCAGUCUGUCGCCGACUUCCACACCGGUGACGGCGGCCACGGGGAAAGCAAUGGCGCUACCCGUCCAAGGGGGCGAGGUCUACCCCGCUGCGCCGGUCCUGCAAGGAUUCCCAGGUGGUGGUCGUGUGAUAGCUUCACAGCAACACCAGCCGGUACCUGUUCCUGAUUUCUACAACAAUCUGAUGAUGACAGAGAUAGGCACCGGUAAUCAGCUGAACACUUUCCCGUUCCACGUCACACGCAUCCUGAGAGAUUGGCUGUGCCGCAACCUACAGCACCCCUACGCCACACUGGAGGAGAAAGAAGACCUGCGCCGUAUCACUGGCUUAUCGCUGCAUCAGAUCAAUUACUGGCUGACCAAUGCACGGCGAAGACUGGUGCCGCGUCUUCUCCAGCACGUCAACCAGGAUCGCGUCAAGCGUGGCCUACUGCCGGUCACCAAGAGCCGCUGCAAGAACAAAUGCAAGUGGCAGCGCCAACGCCAGUCACCUGAUCACCUCAUGCCACCACAGCAGACACUUAGCUUCACACCAGCCAUUCAGCAGUCUACGAUUGGCGGCAACAGUACACCAGCACAAUCGGUGGCAAUGUAUUCGCCUCCCGUGUCACCAGAGAGAUCCGUGAGCUCCCCCGUUGAGUCCAGAGCAAGCCCACCCAUUCCGGGUCCAGGGCUAAUCAAUCACGGUCUCAACGUUGCAAUGCCGUCUGGUCCGUUCAUCAUCAGCCCCGCCAAUGUUGUGCUCCUGCGGCCAAACAACAUGCGCUACGCAGUGCCUAGCAGCAUGAGCCAGUCCAACAUGAUACGCAUGCGGAAUCCAUUUCAACCCAUUGUCCCAGUACCGUGUCCGUCCGACCCGCCACCUCUGGAAAAGAUCCGAUCGGUGUAAGCUUCCAGUCCGCCAGCCUGUGAAUGGUGACAGUCACUAAUGAUGCGAGUUGGCCUUCAACUGAACUGUGCUUGCUUUCCUGCAGCUAGAUAUGAUCGAAUGCAGCUGUGUACUCAGCACGAAGAUGCAUGCGCAAGCUAUCAUGCUCACGCGAAAUAUUUUGAUUCACAAAUCCCGAUAGAACUGUGUAUGGAAUCUCUACCUAUUUCUAUCUGAGUUUCUUUCUUGAAAAAUCAUAGUGAUAUAGUACCAAGUACUUGUUUUUGGGAAAGGAUUUGACACCAGGACCACCAUCAUUAUCGGCAUGCUUGAUUGAUUACCAUAGUUUUGUCCAGUCACCACUGUUGGCCUGCUUGAUUCUUUCAUCCUAGCUCUUAUUUUCCACUUGCUGAGUCAACACUGAGGUUUCAUCACAUCAUGCUUUACUUGAGGCGCUAUGAUUAGUAGUUCCGAGUCCGGAGAUGACCAUGCAUUGGUGUGGAAGUGGCAAAUUGCCAAUGACCAAGGCGACGACUCUGACGGGAUAUGAUGGUAUGAUUAUCUGAGGCAGACGCCAAAGUACGUGACCAAAAUUCUGCCAAGUCCCACACGAUAACUGCUCAUCAGAAAUGUUUGGACUCGA